AUGAAUGAACUCAUGUCCUUAGCCGAAAAUAAAUCAACAAUUGAGCAAAAAAGGACAGAUGAUAAUAUUUCGAGUUUAUUAAAAAGAAUCACAAGCAGAGAUACGUAUUUUGUACUAUUUCCAAAACAAUUAGAAAGAUUAAAACAAAUUUCUGAAGCUAUUUUUAAAUUAGCUAAUGAAACUUUAUUAGAAGUAAUUAAGCGAGAUGAAGUAGAAUCUUGGAUGGAGUCAAGAUAUGGUGUUGUUAAAUCACUCUGGAAAAAUAGUCAAGCUGGAAUAAAUAUAGCAAGAUUUGAUUUUGCCUGGGAUCAAGAGAAGAAUUUUAAAAUAUUAGAACUGAAUGUAGGAAGUAGUUCUGGCUGGGCAUUUGCAAGUUUAAUCGAGAAAGAAGCAUCAGCUGAAAAAAUUGGUGUUCCUCUUGCUCCCUCAUCGAUAUUUUUAGCGACUUAUUUGUUAAAUAAGUUGGGAUCAAAAAUAGCCAUUAUUAUUAUAGAUACAUUUACAGAACAUGAUAUAAUGAUUAGACAAAUUGAGAGCAUGGGUGGAGAAAUCAAAGUUUUCAACCUCAGUGAAGUUAAUUUCCAAGAUAUUAUCAAUUUUGCACCUACUGGAAUAUUUUGGAAAGCCCAUACAGGAUUGGUAGAUCAUUCGGAUAUGAUAUUAAAGCUAGCCAACUUAAGAUUACCACAACUACCUUCAUUUGAAAGUAUGUUUAUAGCUGGUGACAAAUCAUUUUUAGCCAUCCUAAGUGAUAGAGACACAACUGGUGCUAUUCCUAAAACUUACGUAAUGUCAAAAAAUGACUUAUCAAAGAAUCUUAAUUUUUUUGAACAACAUAAAGCGGUCCUCAAAGCAGGUGAUUCAAUUAGAGGUAGAGAUGUUAUUUUGGGAAAAAAUUUUAAAGAUAGUUGGGAGGACAAAUUAAGAGAGAUUAUGAAUUCCAAUAGAGAAUGGAUAAUACAAGAACUUUGUUAUUUACAAAAUACCAAAGAUAAUAGGUUUGAAGAUAUUACAGUUUUUAUUGCUGAUGGCGUUGUUCAAGGCUUUGGGUCCAGAAUUUCUUCUAGCGAAGUAGUAAAUGCUAGUCACGGUGGAUUUGGCCAGUCUGUCGUCUUGAAUGAUGCUACAGGCUUAUUAAUUUGUAGCUCUAUAAUAUUAAAAAAUUUUAAUGAUCAGAGUGAAGCGAGAGGAAAAGGU